CGCGUUUCGUCACUGCCUCGAUUGGCGCUGCGCGGACAUUGAACGCAGCUUCGUUUAUUCGAUUUAAUCGAUAAUUUUUAAUAUCGAUCGUUCGUUAUAUUUUGGCUGAAGCAUUGAUUGCUCGAUGCAACGAGACGCGCCGAACGUAGGGAAACGGUAUGACAGGAACAGAAUGAUUCCUAUCGUUUUAAAUAGAGGUACAGAGAUCGUAAUCGUAUCGAUCGUCAAGAAUGCGAUACCGACCGUACGCGACACAAUAAUUUGUACUUAUCGGCGAUUGGUACGAUUCAAGUGUCGCGCGGGUCGUUUUCGAGGUUCUAUAUCGCCUAUGCGCAACCAGGUAACAAUAGGUCGAGUCGGUCCUCCUCGCUGUGCGUGCCCGUGCGUGCCUGUGCGUGCCUGUGGCGCCGGAAAGCUCUGUAUCUGAUAAGGGGGUGACACGAUUGUGUUUGGAUUGCGAUUGGCCGGCGCCGAAUAGUUUGAGACGACGCGAGACAUCGGUAUAUAAGCCCCGCUUGGAAAACCGUUGCACAGAAGUGCACAGAAUUCGAAGCGUAACAAUUACUGUAGGCUGGAAUUUGGCGUUGCGCGAUAUCGUUGCAUCGGGUGCCCUGUAAAAGAGAGAGAGAGAGAGAGAGAGAGAGAGAGAGAGAGAGAGAGAGAGAAAGAGAGGCCACCGACCGCAUACGACUAUUCUCUCAUGCGCUGUGCACUAUGUAAAAUUGGGCCUUAGCUACGACCUACGACUACGACUGCUCGCGUUUAUCGGAAACCGCAAGCCACGUUUAUAGAAUCUGGUACAAGCUCGAGAAGGAAAACACACUGCCGAAGAUGACCACGAAUCUGAAGACAAUGGAGUUUCUGAAAUUGAGCAGACGCGUCCGGCGACGGCUGAACGCCCGGAACGUGAGCGACCAGCUUCUCGCGGACGGCCAGGAAAAGAGGAAAAGGGUAUCGUUGAACGUGGACACGAAGAUGCUGAAGAUCGGGUUCAUCGGAGGCGGCAAGAUGGCACAGGCGCUUGCCAAGGGUUUCAUUCGUGCCGGGCUGAGCAGGGGCGACAUGAUGCUGGCCAGCUGCCUACCGAACGACGCAGCCAGUAUAGACGCGUUCAAGGAAAUCGGAUCGGAGACCGUAUUCAAGAACGGACCCGUAGUCGAUCACGGGGACCUUUUGAUUUUGUCGGUAAAACCGCAAGUGGUACCGAUGGUUCUUCCGGAUUUGAAAAACUACAACAAACUGUUGCUGUCGAUCGCUAUGGGCGUUCCAAUAGCAUCGUUGGAAAAGGCUUUACCCGGAGGAACCCCGGUGAUCAGGGUGAUGCCCAACACACCGGUCCUCGUUGGUUGCGGAGCUACGGUGUUCGCGCGUGGUAAACACGCGGGCGACAAGGAAGCUGAAAUAGCGGAGAAAUUGUUUUCCUCCGUGGGUGUCUGCGAAGAAGUGCCCGAGACCUCGAUCGAUCCGGUCACCGCUCUGGCCGGUUCCGGGCCCGCUUACGUAUACAUGAUGAUAGAAGCCAUGGCCGACGGCGGCGUGAAAAUGGGCCUGACGAGGCCGAUCGCCUACAAGUUGGCUGCGCAGACCGUUCUCGGUGCCGGCGCUAUGGUUCGGGAAACCAACGCUCAUCCGGGACAACUGAAAGACGACGUGGCAUCUCCUGCUGGAUCUACCAUAACAGGCGUCCACUAUCUCGAGCAACACGGUUUAAGAUCGGCUGUGAUCGGCGCGGUAGAAGCAGCAACGAAGCGGUGCAGAGAAGUUAGCUCGUUUCUAGAAAAUGGCCAAGACUAAUUUCUCGACGAAUCGAACAGUGAAGUAGAAAAUUGGCAACGCACACGCGCACUCGCACGCACGCACGCACGCACACGCAGAGAGAGAGAGAGAGAGAGAGAGAGAGAGAGAGAGAGAGAG